AAUACGGCCCAUUAUCAUCGUCGCCCCGCCAUGCUUCUUCACCUUCAACUUAACCUGUGAAGUAAAAUGGGUGAAGAAACACAGUAUUUCUCCAAGGAUUUCGAGUGGGAGGAACUCAGAGAAGAGAUCGAGAACGAUUUGUCUCUUCGACAUCAUCUACUUCCCUUCGAUCCCUCUGCUCCCUCUCCAUCUUUGUCUCUUUCGAACGAGUCGGAAGCAUGGAAGAGCUUCCACAAUCGCCACUCUACAGGGAGGUUCUUCAAGGAAAGGCGGUAUUUGUUGAAGGAAUUUCCUGAACUACUCACGUGUGAUGCGGAUUCCAAGGUUUUGGAGGUGGGAUGUGGGAAUGGGAGCACUGUCCUGCCCAUUUUACGUGGAAAACAGAUUAUUACUGUUUAUGCAUGUGACUGUAGCAUGGAGGCUCUUGAGAGGGCUAAGGAUAUUAUUUGUACAACUGAUGGACUCUCAAUAGAACAUCGUUUCCAUCCAUUUUUAUGUGAUCUUUCUUUGAAUGGAUUUCCGAAGUGGUUGAUCUGUGAUUUUUGCAGAAAACCUUCCCCACAUAAGCCAAACGAUUUUUGUCUAUCAGAUGCUAAUAAGAAUAAAGAAGUGAGUAUGGAUAGGAUAUCCUCUGAAGGAGGACAAUGUUGCAUUGGUGGAGUGGAUUUUGUCACCUUGAUAUUCACAUUGUCAGCCAUGCCAUUUCAAAAGAUGCCAAAAGCCAUUGCAAAAUGCAUUUCAGUCUUGAAGCCUGGUGGGCUUCUCUUAUUCAGGGAUUACGGCCUUUAUGAUAUGACUAUGCUUCGAUUUCCGCCAGAGAGAAGAGUGGGGUUUAGAGAGUACAUGCGUUCUGAUGGCACCCUUUCUUAUUUCUUCUCUUUGGAUACUGUGAGGAACCUUUUUGUCAGUGCAGGAUUCAUUGAGCUUGAUCUGGAAUACUGUUGCAUUAAGUCAGUGAAUCGGCGAAAUGAAAAACACAUGCGAAGAGUUUGGGUUCACGGAAAGUUCCAGAAGCCCAUACAAAGCUGUCCUUCCUCAGCUCCUCAUUGAGGUUUGAUGAAACAAGAUCAAAUGCCACCAAGCAAUCUAUGCAAUGUUUUGUUAUAUUUGGUUGAAUUGCAUUUAAUAAUUUUCUUUUAUAUUUUCCUAUUACGUAUACUUUCUUUCUUUUCCUUGCUCUUUUCCCUUGAUAUCAAUUAAAUAACAUAUAACUUUUUUGUAUAAAUGCUUGAAUAUUUCUUCGUUUUUUUGGAACUUGGAUGGAAUUCUGGGUUUCAUUGGUUGCUUGCAAAGUGAAGUGAGAUAAACAAAAUGUUCAAAUUUUC